GGGAGAGAGGGAACGAAACGAGCGAUGGAGGCGCGACGCUGUCCGGUUUGACCGCUAGACGGCCUCCUCCGGUGUAUCCUCGCUCUCCUCGGCGCGCGACGGCCUCUCCUCCGGUUCUCUCAGUGUGUGUUCCGCGCGCGCCAUGUGCCGCACCGUCGUCGCCGCUCCGCGUGCGUCUCCGCCCUGCUGCAGAUCGCCGUCGCCGCGGUUCGAUAGGCCGCUCGCGUAGUCGGCUCUCGGACAGCUCCAGGACCUGUCGCCCUCCCUCCCGCGCGCGCGCGCGCGAGCUAUGAGCCGCUGGUGCUGGUGCGCUCGUCGUCGGUGCUCCUCGAUGCUCCGCGUGUCCCUGUAGUGCGACGGGAGAGUGCCGAGACCUCUCGCUCCCGCUGCCUCUCGCCGCCCUUCAGUAUUUUCGUUCAGCCCGCGAGCCGUCGGUGGAGACAGCGCGAGGGAGGAAGGGAGAGAGGAAAGGGAGGAAGAAAGAAGGAGAAAGGACACCCGCCAGCGGUCCAAGGAGGAGAGAGCGAGAGCGGCUGGCGACUCGCUCCAACGGUGUUCUCGGUGUAAUAAUCGGUGUGCCGCGAGACGAGCGAGCGUAGAAGAGCAGCGAGACACGACGGGGGGGGAGCGCGUAUCAAGAUGGCGCAUAAUUUGACACCGAGCGUUAACUGCUCGCUCGACGACAUUGACCUGAACGCCCUGAAGGAGCCCGCUGGAAUCUUCGAGCUGAUAGAAGUGGUCGGCAAUGGAACGUACGGCCAGGUUUACAAGGGUCGGCACACCAAGACCGGUCAGCUGGCGGCCAUCAAGGUCAUGGACGUCACGGAGGAUGAGGAGGAAGAAAUCAAGUUGGAAAUAAAUGUACUCAAGCGGUACUCGAACCAUAGGAAUAUCGCUACGUAUUACGGUGCCUUCGUAAAGAAGUCAUCACCCGGCAAGGACGAUCAAUUAUGGCUGGUUAUGGAGUACUGCGGAGCUGGUUCCGUCACAGAUCUCGUCAAGUCCACCAAGGGCCAGAGCUUGAAGGAGGAGUGGAUAGCUUAUAUAUCGCGAGAAAUACUGAGGGGACUUAGUUAUCUACACAGCAAUAAAGUUAUCCACAGGGAUAUCAAGGGGCAGAACGUUUUGUUGACAGACAACGCGGAAGUCAAACUUGUUGACUUCGGCGUUAGCGCACAGUUGGACAGGACGAUAGGCAGAAGAAACACCUUCAUCGGCACACCUUACUGGAUGGCUCCAGAAGUUAUUGCAUGUGACGAGAAUCCAGACGCUACUUACGACAAUAGAAGCGACCUUUGGUCGCUCGGAAUUACCGCUCUGGAAAUGGCUGAAUCACAACCUCCGCUCUGCGAUCUACAUCCCAUGAGAGCUUUGUUUUUGAUUCCUCGUAAUCCACCGCCGCGGCUCAAGUCGAAAAAGUGGGCCAAAAAGUUUCACGGAUUCAUCGAAACGGUGCUGGUGAAGGAUUACCAUCAAAGACCUUAUACGGAACAGCUCCUUAAACAUCCGUUUAUACGGGACCAACCUACGGAACGACAAGUCAGAAUACAGCUUAAGGAUCACAUCGACCGCUGUAAAAAGCGCAAACAGGAGAAAGAAAGAGACGAUUAUCGGUACAGCGGUAGCGAAAACGAGGAGGACGAGCCGGCAUUGGCGGGCGAACCGUCGUCCAUAGUUCAAGCGCCUGGAGGUGAUACGUUGCGCCGUAAUUUCCAACAGAUUCAGGAGGGUAGGACUCUAACGCAGGACGUACUUCCGCAAGCGCCUGCCGCGAAAGAAAAGCCAGGGGGGAGAUCGCAAAGAGAGGUGCCGGAACCUGGACCACCCGCGAGACCCGCUAUACCGCACAGACUCAUUGUGGUGCCUGAUCCGCAACCACCGUCUCGUCCAUUACCUCCGACACCUCGAGAUGAUCCCCGACAACCGCACAAAGUAUCUACGCCGCCUUCCAAUCAUCAGACACCUGCUGGAGGAGGAGGAUCCGGCGGGCAGUCCGCACCUCAAAGGAACAGUGUCUUCAAACCUAUGCUGCCGCCGAAGAAGCCAGAGGACAUGGAGAUACUGGCUGCUCAACUCAUCGAGCUUGGUGUGUCACAGGGCCCCGAGGCCCCGCCAAGGCCAAACAGGCAGCAUAAGGGCCCUGCUGUCUCGUCUACAUCGAAUUCGGUGCAGCCCGCAGGUGGUAACGAUCAGAACAACAAACAGAUGCCGCAAUCUUCCAGUAUUCUCGAUCAAGCCCUAUCGAUUGAGAGCGACAGCGACGACGAUCUCGAGGAUGCUGGUGGGAACAAUUUGAGAAACGAUGGUACUUUGCUGGCCAGCGAUCCGCCCAAGCCACUUCCCGAAUUUUCUCCUUUCAGACCGUCGUCGGAUUCGUCAUCGUCGUCCUCGCACAAUGCUCAAAACUCACAUCACGAGGAUAAGCCGAAAGGAGGAGCACCGAAUCGUCCGCUCCCACCGACCCCCGACGAGGAAGAAUCGGGUGAUCGUACGCUAGUCAUGAAACGAAAACUUAGUCAGAUGUCAGACGAUCGUGCAACGGCUAGCGGCAACCGGCGUUCAGAGAUAGAUGAGCAGCUCCUCCUGAAGGAGUGGGAUUUUACCCGCUUCUUUCAGGGUUUUAACGAAAAGUUGGAUAAAAUGAAACAGGAGCAUCAACAGCAAGAAGGCAACAGCAAGGCCAAUCAAGCGAGCAAGUCCGGAUCCAACGAGGAUCGCUCCUCUUCGUCUAGCGAGAGAACGCUCAAGAGACAGGAGCAGUUAGCCCGACGGAAACACGAGCAGCAGCAGCAGCAGCAGCAGCAGCUUCAUCAUCAUCAUCAACAUCAAAAGCAACAGCAAUUGAAACCGAUUCACAGGCGGCAGGAGAGCGACUCGAAACUGGGCAAUGCGUCGAGCGCGUUCGCGCGCGCCUUCCGCCGCGAGAAUUCGGACUUCUUCCCGUCUGCGAGACACUCGGCGUACCUGCAGAAGUCGUCGGACUCCUCGAGAUCGAGUAUAUUCGCCAGCGGUAAUCGGCGCGGGAGCGAGAUAAGCGUCGCUGGUAUUGUUGGUAAGAAAGGCAGUGCCCUCAGCUCCGGUGAGCCGGUCCUAACCGACUUCUCGUUGUGCCGCGAGGGGCCGCAGAGGCCCAGGAGAGAAAAGACCGAGAGCGAAAUCGUCUUCGGUAGUAGGCACGAGGCGAGGAGGUACGAUUUCGGACGCGAUAAAAACGAGAACGCAAGAAGACGCAGUUGUAGACCCUCGGAUGCUACGGCAUCCGCCGUGGUCGACGAUGCGGGAACGAUUAAGUCCACGGCCAGUACGACGGCCAGCGAGUACAGCCCCGUUGUCACCCAGAAUCGCGAGGGUGACCGUUCGAGAGGCGGAGGCGGCGGUGAUUUCCAGAGAUCAGACUCGUCUCCGGGUUCACGGCCCAGCUCGGUCUUACCGGAUCUCCUGACUUCUUCGCCGGGUCAACGGCAGGACAAGUCAACUAGCGAGGAGUAUCGACAAGCGGUGAAAUCACCUCCUCCGUUUGCGCUCCAACAGAAACAGCGGUCUUUCCUGACCUUCGGAUUCGGAGCCGGCCCAGCGAGGAGGGAGUCCCACGUGAACGUUAACGUGACUCCCACCAGCCACGACUUGGCCUCGGACACACCCGAGAUACGCAAAUACAAGAAGCGUUUCAACAGCGAGAUCCUCUGCGCCGCGUUAUGGGGUGUAAAUCUGUUAAUUGGAACCGAGAACGGCUUGAUGCUACUGGACAGGAGUGGACAGGGCAAGGUCUACCAAUUGAUCAGCAGAAGACGCUUUCAACAAAUGGAGGUCCUCGAGGGUCAGAAUAUCCUCGUUACAAUCAGCGGCAAGAAAAAUAGAGUGCGCGUCUAUUACCUCUCCUGGUUGAAGAGCAAAAUUCUGCGGACGGAUGGUCACAGCGACCAAGUCGAGCGACGUAACGGUUGGAUCAACGUGGGCGAUCUGCAGGGCGCGGUGCACUUCAAGAUAGUGAAAUACGAAAGAAUAAAGUUCCUCGUGAUCGCACUGAAGGACUCCAUAGAGAUCUACGCCUGGGCGCCAAAGCCGUACCACAAAUUUAUGGCCUUCAAGUCUUUCGGCGAACUCGCGCACAGACCUCUAUUGGUUGACCUUACGGUCGAGGAGGGUUCAAGGUUAAAGGUCAUUUACGGCAGCGCCGAUGGAUUUCACGCGGUCGAUUUGGAUUCCGCCACGGUUUACGACAUAUAUCUACCGAAACACACCCAGGGUCCUAUUUGCCCGCACUGUAUAGUGGCACUGCCGAAUAGCAACGGCAUGCAGUUGCUGCUCUGCUACGACAACGAGGGCGUAUAUGUCAAUACUUACGGUAGAGUAUCGAAAACGAUGGUUCUUCAGUGGGGCGAGAUGCCUACGAGCGUCGCAUACAUUGGCACCGGACAGAUUAUGGGUUGGGGCAACAAGGCGAUCGAGAUUAGGAGCGUGGACAGCGGCCAUCUCGACGGUGUUUUCAUGCACAAGAAGGCUCAACGGCUCAAGUUCCUCUGUGAACGUAACGAUAAGGUAUUCUUCUCGUCGGCGAAGGGUGGUAGUUCGUGCCAGAUCUAUUUCAUGACUCUAAACAAACCGGGCAUGGCCAACUGGUGAUCCCGAAUGAGGCCGAAUCUGGCCCCAAGAUUAUUAUCCUCGCGAUUACCCCCGUCGCACAAUCCUCCGCGUGUAUCGGGAUAUACAGCAUCGGCGCGCACCCUCGCCCGCCCUUCACUGCCAGGACCCAGCGCCUUGGAGACCAGGAAGUGCGUACACCGUAUCCAGCAUCUUUAUCCGCAUCAGCAACAAGUACAGCAUUAUCAACGUCAACGUCAUCGUCACCACCCUCAUCAUUAUCCACGUAAUCUUUCGUACAGUUAUAAUUACGACUACGAGGAGGACGAAGAGUACGACGACAGGUUCCAACGAUGCACCCGGUUGCCCUUGCGAGGCGCACCGGGCACGUUAACAUUCGUGAAUCUGCUCGUCAAGCGGUUCCUCUGUUUUCUCACUUGCUCGCCCUGCGGAUUGCGCGGCGCGGCCUAACGCGUGGCUGAAACGCAGAGCGAAUUCUCCCCCUCUAUCCUCUCCAAGAAAAUAAGAGUGCACGAUGAAUUGUUGCACGCUGGUAAAUCGUACCAUUAAUAUUCUAUGUAUCUUUCUCUGUCCUUUUUUUCUAAUACAAAUUUAUCACCUUAAUCACUACGAUAAGUCUGUACUUGUUUCGCGUUGGCAUGUAUACGUAAACCUUAACUCUCAAGGAACCUUAAAUAUAAAGAAAUGAGACAAA